AUGACCCGAGAAGGUCCCCAUCUCGAGAUCGAUGCCAUUGUCAUUGGUGGCGGCUUUGGAGGAUGCAAUUCCCUGUAUAGGCUGCGCAAUCUCGGUCUCUCCGUCAAGCUGAUCGAAGCCGGCAGCGCAUUUGGAGGAGUUUGGCAUUGGAAUCGAUAUCCCGGCGCACGUGUUGACUCAGAGACACCUGCAUAUCAGUUCAAUAUUCCUGCCGUCUGGAAAGAUUGGAAUUUCUCGGAGCGAUUCCCUGGUGACGAAGAACUACGCCGGUAUUUUCAACACGUGGAUAAUGUGCUGGGUCUCAGCAAGGAUACAUUCUUCAAUACAAUCGUGACCAAGACAGAGUAUAACCCUGUCUCGCGCCGGUGGACUCUACAGACCAAUACGGGUCUGACUGCUACUUGCAAAUAUGUCAUCGCCGCGACUGGAUCUUCAUACAAGAAGUAUUACCCGCAAUUCAAGGGCUUGGAAACUUUCAAGGGAACUCUCGUCCACGCAGCCGAUUAUCCGGACAACUUGGAUGUCAAAGGCAAGCGAGUUGGUGUUGUCGGAAACGGUGCAUCAGGUCUACAGAUCGUGCAGACAUUGGCCAAGGAAGAAUGCGAGCUCAAUGUCUUCAUCCGAACACCCUGCUUCACCGUUCCCAUGCGCCAGCGCUCAAUUCCACCCGAAGAAGCCGAAAUGAUGAAGGGAUACUAUGACGGCAUCUUCGAUCGCUGCUACAAAUCGGUGUCCGGAUUCGCUCACAACACUCGCUUCCAAUCGGCUCAUCAGGCUACGCCCGAAGAGCGAAAAGUGCUGUUUGAUGAACUCUGGGCUCGAGGUGGCUACAGUUUCCUGGUUUCAAAUUACUACGACUUCCUGCUUGAUGAGAAGACCAAUGGCAUUUUCUAUGACUACUGGGUCCAGCAAGUGCGUCAGCGCAUGUCGAACCCUGAAAAGAUGGAUCUUGUCGCUCCAUUGAAGCAGCAUAUGUUCAUCGGCACAAAGAGACCGAGUUUGGAGCAGGAUUACUUUGAGAUGAUCGAUCGUCCAAACGUGACCCUCCAUAACCUCAAACAGUCACCCAUUGUUGAGUUCGACGGUUCGGGAGUCGUGACUGGCAACGGUGAGACCGCUGAGCACCACGAUCUGGACGUCGUCAUUUUCGCAACUGGCUACGACGCAGUCACGGGCAGCCUUAUGGAUCUUGGAAUCACGGACAAGAACCAGAAGCCUCUCACUGAGAAGUGGAAGAGCGGCGUCCUGACUCACCUCGGCCUCAUGAUCCCCGAUGCUCCAAACCUGUUCAUGGUUUACGGUCCGCAGGCCCCAACAUCCCUGGCAAACGGUCCACCAUUCAUCGAGAUGGAGGUUGAUUGGAUCUGCAAUGCUAUUGAGAAAAUGCAAAGGGAGGGAAUUGAAUGUGUUGAGCCUACUCAGCAGGCUGCCGAGCAAUGGCGUGAUCAGGUCUUCGAGGCCAGUCAGCGUACCCUGUAUCCGAAGACUGAUUCGUGGUAUAUGGGCGCGAAUAUCCCUGGGAAGCGCCGGGAGCCGCUCGUUUGGCUUGGUGGGAUGCCAAGUUGGUGGAAGUGUUGUACAGAGGCGUUGGAGAAGUGGGAUGGAUUCCAUACGUCGUCCUGA